ACAAGCCCCGCCCCAGAGUCCUGCUCGGGUCUCUCGGUUCUCUGCGCUUGGCGACCUUGAGCUUAUCCGCGCCACCGGCCUUGCAGCACUGUGUUGGUCGGCGGAGUAGGCGGCCAUGGGGAGCCUCCGCGGCCUGCGCCUGGCGGCUGGAAGUUAUUUUAGGUUCUGUGAAAGAGAUGCUUUCUCAUCUCUAAGGCUUACCAGAAACUCUGAUUUGAAGAGAAUAAAUGGAUUUUGCAACAAACCCCAGGAAAGUCCAAAGCCUCCAACCCACAUUUACAGCCACAGAGUGCCAUUGCAUAAGCCUACGGAUUGGGAGAAGAAGAUCCUAAUAUGGUCAGGUCGCUUCAAAAAGGAAGAUGAAAUCCCAGAGACUGUCUCGUUUGAGAUGCUCGAUGCUGCAAAGAACAAGGUCCGGGUGAAGAUCAGCUAUGUAAUGAUUGCCUUGACAGUGGCAGGAUGCAUCUUCAUGGUUAUUGAGGGCAAGAAGGGUGCCAAAAGACACGAGUCUUUAACAAGCCUGAACCUAGAAAAGAAAGCUCGUCUGAGAGAAGAAGCUGCUGUGAAGGCCAAAACAGAGUAGCAGAGAUAUCCAUGUUGGCUGGAUUUUGAAAAUCUAGAAACAAUGUUGCAGUAACAGGCCUUAUUAAAAUGAAUGUGGUAUGAGUUCCCUAAUUCUGCUCUAGAGCUACAAAUAAAUUUUCUUAAAGAAAUGACUUGUCUAUAUUUUACGGCUUUGAUCCAGGUUAAAUGCAGCCUCAGCUUUUUUGAGAAAAUGAAAGAAUGAAAAGUGAGACAACUUACUUGAACUUUAAUAUUAACUCUUCUUUAGAGAGUCAGGUCCUGUACCUUACUUUAAUUCCCAUUACCAAAGUGACAUCUCCCCAGAAGCCAAAUGGUUUCUAGUUCUGCAUUUCUCUCUCUUCAGUGUCCUCAUUUCUGAAGAGAUAAUAAGGAGGGCCAGCUGAGCACACUGCCCAGGUGCACGUUGGAGAGCUAACCUCCCCAAAUACCCUGGUGUUUCUCAAGAGCCCUGGGAAGCAGCCAGACCACACUAUGCCUUUGUCAGGCGUGCUGGAAGACAGAGGCUUUUAGGAGAAGUCUUUGAAAAAGUCCCAGCAAGGUGAUGAUGGAGGUCUGGCCACAAGUUUCUGAGGAUUUUGAAAUCCCAGCACUGUGGAGUCGCUUGGGGCCAGCACAGUCACCUCUUCUGCUCCAUGGCUUACAAUUCCCAACCGGUCCUUUUUCUUCUGCCUUUACACUAAAUUUCUCAGUUAUGAAUAUCUAUCAAAUGCAUUUUCUUAUUAGUGUUAAAAAAUAAGCAUUUGCAUCUGGUAUGUGUCUUACUUACAGUUCGACGAGGGUGCCAGGUUGUCUCACAUUUAGGUAUGGAUGCUGGUUUCUAUUUAAGUAUUUCAUUUAUUCUCAUGUGCUUCAAUAGUAUUAACGGAUGGCAGGUCCGCAUAAACAUCCCAACCUGCUGGUUCUCUUCAGAGGGUUAUAGCAGAUUAAAAAGUAAUAUAUGCAGCUGUUUGGGAAUUUGGUUUAAUAAAAUACUCAGUAAAAUGUAAUGCACCACUCUACCUACAGCUUCAUAAUCUAUCUGAUGAUGUUAAUUGUGUCUGUCUAUAUACUUUACAGUACUUUAACCUUAGCUUCAUUUUAGAUAUCAAGCUCUUUGAUUUUUAUCACGUGCAAAUUUAUCAUCAAAAAGCAUUGCUUUGUAUACAUUUUAGCAGAUUAGUUUUUCUUGAUUAUUUUGGAACAUUUAUGUUAACGUCUUAUCUAAAUAUGGGUUUUAAAUAUGGGUAAAAUCUAAUGUACUUCUUUUUAAAAGUGUAUCAUCUUUCUUCAUAGAACAAUACCAUUUUUAACUUCUAAAGAAGCAUUUUAAAGUGUUGUAUCUUGGAGAUAUAUUGUAAUAAAAUGUAUGAUUAAGUCAAAGCUCAAAAA